AUAAAAUCUCCUCCCCGCGAAACGAAUGGACUGACCCAGUUUUUCCAGUUCGGAGAUGUCGGAACAUGGCGGAUGUUUGCUAGGAAGUAGAGGUCCAUGACUGAUGGAAUGAGCCAAGAAGUCGUCACUGCAGAGAAACAGCCUGGCAGGGACAGCAUCAUCUCACCUCCUCUCCUCGCCUCUAAGGAAGGCCUUAAGACAACCUUAAGAUCUCGGACAGAAGUCUAAGACUUUCCUAACACAUCAUUAAGAGGCAAGGACAGCGUCAUCUCAUCAGACUUGUGGAAUUUCACUUACCAAAAUCUUGGACAGAAGUCUUAAGACCCUCACUCUGUCACCAUCUGCUUGUGGACUUACCACCAAGUGUAAUCCUUUCCUAACACAUUUGGACAUCAUAAAAAAAAAGAGAGAGAACCAGAAAUGAAGCAGAGGAUGAGCGUGUUCUCCUGGAGCCUGCUGUGCCUGGCGUUGUGCGGCACGGUCGGAGACGCCUCGCUCCGCCAACAGUGGGCGUACGACUAUCCCGUCGAGGACGGCGUGUUCGAGAGACAGAACUACGCCAGACACCAGGAGGAGGAGGAGGAGGAUGUGUUCGAGGAUUUUGUGAUGGACGUGAAGAUGCCUGGAGUCUUCCCUCGUCAGGACGAUGCGUACCUAUGCACUCAAAUAGAGACACCUGAAAAUACUGCAUACGUCACUGAGUUUGUCCCAUCAGCCAGCAUGAACACAGCUCACCACAUGAUCCUGUUUGGCUGCAGCACACCCUGGACCAGGAAGGAUGUGUGGGACUGUGGCAGCAUGAGUGCCAGCUGCAGGGAUGGAGGCCAGAUCAUGUAUGCCUGGGCGAGGGACGCACCCCCCACACACAUACCAGAAGAUGUUGGAUUUCGCAUCGGGGGUGACAGUGGAGUAGACCACCUGGUCUUACAAGUACAUUACGCACACGGUUUCAAAGAUGGACAUGAUUUGGAUCACUCUGGCCUCUCCCUCCAUAUGACGUACAGACCACAAAAGUACAUCGCUGGGGUAUUUCUGCUUGCAUCUGGGUAUGCCCACAUUCCUGCCCACUCGAAAGGAGUGACUGUGGAUCUGGCCUGUGGAUAUGAUGAUCCUGUUGAGAUCCACCCCUUUGCCUUCCGCACCCACGCUCAUGGAUUAGGUAAAGUGAUAAGUGGGUAUGUGGUGAGAGAUGGCCGUGAGUGGGUGGAACUGGGCAGGGGAAACCCGCAGUGGCCGCAAGCAUUCUACCCCGUCGCCAAUGCAAGGGAUAAGGUCAUCUAUUCUACAGACAUUGUGGCUGCCAGAUGUGUGUUUGAUGCAGAGGACAGGGAUGAGGACACGUGGAUCGGAGCGACAUCGUCAGACGAGAUGUGCAACUUCUACAUGAUGUACUACACCGACCCCCUCAGGGGGGAGACCUUCAAGGAGUGCUCCUACCCAGGAGACGCAGAGUUCUUCAAGGACAUCCCCGCUACUUCCAUGGUCGUUCCAGACGCUCCCGAGGGAGGGGGGCUCAAGGAAGGGUGGGAGGAACAUGUGCACAUGCACCAUCACCACAGCCAUGGCAUGGGGGAGGAGGACAUGACUGGGAUGGACGAGUCAACCACAAGAAAGUCUGCUACGUCUACGCCAGCCAAACCUCCGACUCUGCCGGAGCAAAAAGUCACAACAAAGCAGACGGAGGGAAAACCUAAUGUUAUAACAGAGAAGACAAAGACAGUUGCGAGAGAACAGCACCUGAGCACUGAGUCAGGCACCACCAAACAGAGAGAGGAUUCAGGAGUGGCCAGUUUAGAGUCAACAGCAGGCUCACAGUAUACAGAUCUGAGAUUGGUGCCGGGCUGGCCGGACAAGUCGUUGGGCAGUCUGGGCCAGGUGGCAGGCGUGGGGGUGGACAGCAGCGGCAAUGUGGUCAUCUUCCACAGGGGAGACCAUGUUUGGGAUGCAUGGACUUUUGAUUCACAGAGGCAGUACAGAGAGAAAGACAAGGGACCAAUCCGCACCAACACUGUCAUCUCUCUCAACCCACAGACUGGGAAACCUGUCAAGCAAUGGGGGAAGGACUUCUUCUACCUCCCCCAUGGACUUACUCUGGACCAUGAGGAUAACGUGUGGGUGACUGAUGUGGCCAUGCACCAGGUGUUCAAGUUUCCCCCGGGGGGAGGGGAUGCCCCACUGCUGACCCUGGGGGAGGCGUUUGUGCCCGACUGGAGCACGGACCACUUCUGCCAGCCCACCGAUGUGGCGGUGGAGACGUCAGGGGACUUCUAUGUGUCAGACGGCUACUGUAACAGCAGAAUCCUGAAGUUUGACCGCACAGGGAAACUUUUGGCUGUUCUGGGAGAAGUUGACACUUCGCACAUUAUUAAGCCUUCCCAAGGCUUCUCCUUGGCCACCCAGAUGGUGAUCCCCCACAGCCUGGCGCUGGCGGAGGACAGGCAGCAGGUGUGCACGGCCGACAGGGAGAACGGGAGGGUGGUCUGCUUCAGCACGGAGACGGGGAAACCCGUCCGCGUGAUCCGGCAUCCCGAGUUCGGGGAGAGACUGUUCGCCAUCAGCUACAGUCCUUCACAAGGUGGCCUCUUGCAUGCCGUAAAUGGCCCCACAGAUCCCCCCACAACUCCUGUACAAGGAUUCACCAUGAGGUUCGAAGAUGGCGAGAUACUCGAUACCUGGCCUGAGAAGGCUUUUGGGAACCCCCACGACGUGACUUGUGCCAACUCAGGGGUGUACGUUGUGGAGAUCGGGCCGAACAAAGUGUGGAAGUUGGAACCAUCCCAAGAUCAACUCUCGGUGAAGAAAGGAGACAUAAGCAGUGUUCAGGAGCUUGAGGCUGAUACAUCAGACAAGGCGACGCCGAGUCUAGGUACUGACCACCUGUCUAGAAACCCGUACGAAUCUCUUCUCCAAUCACACAGAAUCCUAAAACUUCCACAAGGGGGAAACUUGAGAGAAGACCUGAGCACGACGCUGAUCAUCGCCACGGUUCUUGUCGUCCCCCUGGUGGUGGUGGUGAUUAUUGCAGCGGUGGUUCGCUGUCGCGCCAGCGGGAGCCUCCGAUUCGACAAGAGGAAGAAGAGCACGCUGAAGUCGUGGAUGAACGGAUACAAAGAGAAACACCAGAACGGCAUGUUCUCUAACAAGAAGGGUUUCCAGAGAGUGAAGACAGAAGACAGCGAUCACGAGGAGGACCCUUUGACUGACUCAGAAGUGGAAGAGUAUAAUGCAGUCAGGAGCGUAUGAUCAUUUCUGGACCGCUGAGAGAUGUGCCAUUAGUAGCAUUUACUCAUGACGAGCAACUGGAUAUGAUUUUGAAAAUGGUCAGACGUUUCAGUUAGCAUCCAGCACCUUUUGUCAGUGUCAAUGAGGAGAUCUUGUUAAAGAUUUGCAAAGGAAGUGAAGACGAAUCAAUAGUUAUAGUAUAAAACCUGCUCUCCAACAAGAUAACCCCAGUGUCACUGAGAAAAAGGUAUUGGAUUCUACCUGAAACUUCUGACCGUUUCCUAUAUCAUAUCCAGUUGCUGAGGAAUUGUCAUUUGGCAUAUCUUAUUAUCUAGAUGUCUAACCUUCAUCGACACUGAAAGAUGUCUCACUGUAAGACUAUGUCUUCUCUUUUUCUUUCACUGUGGGUGUCUUCCUCUAAAUCUCCAAGCAGGUUUGUCUUCCUCUAACCAUCCUCCAAGUUGUUGUAUCGAAUACCUGAAGAAACACAAUCAUAUUUUAUGGCUCCUCAGGUUGGUGAUGUACAUGUGUGUGUCAAAGGAUUUGGAAAGUCACAAUUUGCUGUGUGACUUGAUAAACUACAUGCCUACCAUGUUUUGUAGCCAUGUUGUUGAUUUCGAAUGAAGAGAUAGAAGACUAAUGAGGAGAUUGAUGCCUGUCAAAGCUACCUGCUAGCCACUGUGUCACUGGCUUGCCAGUCCAAGCUGUUAAGAGGGUCAUACAGCUAAUGUUAAUAAGCUGGUUCAUGGUUUAGACUGUGCAUUCAAAGUGUGAUGUAUUGUGUGCAAUAUGCCAAAGUCGAAGGCUCCUGAGACAUAAACAAAACGCAUGCAUGUAUCAAGCGUUGUCUUGACAACAACUGUUUACUUGUCAAGGGCCUUCACCUUUGACCUUGCGCAUGCCCAGUUCAAUCUUUGAAACAGCUUAUUCUAGAUGAUUGGGCGUAUUUUUGUAUUGUGAACAGGCUGAAGUGUCAGGGACAGUGCUAUGUGCGUACAUUUGUACAUCAUUCAUAACCAGGAGGAAUCUAAAUGCUCUACAGGACAGUCACCUUUCGGAAACACUUCUACUGCCUUUAAACUGCAAGGUUUUUGUACAUCUGAAAAGUGUACUUGAAGUCUGGGGGGCAUUUAAUAAUAUAUGACAACUACACAUUGUAUAACAGCUGGUGUGUUAUGCCAAAGGGCACCAGCUAUACAGAAAUAGAAUAUCAGGGUACUCAAGAUCUGUUUUUUGUACUUAUGACAGUAUUACAUGAUUAUGAGGAGACUUUGUGCUUUUAUGUAAUGGAGUGAGGUUUGGUAAGGAUAUGUUGAUUUGAUUAUAUGGAUGACAUCUGCGCAAUUGUGUUAACUCAUUUGUUAAGCCUAAGAUCCGACCACUUGAAUUUCAUAAUAAAGGCUCCUUUUUUGGCGGCCAAACUUUAAAAUUUGCACUCUCGAGUCAGUUUUGGGGUUCCUAGAGGAUGUCAUCCAUAUAAUCAUAGCCUAAGUCACAGUGUCUUGAAGUUAGCUCUUUUAACAUUCCAUUCUUAUAAUAUAUAUAGGUCCUGGUUAUGGAUUGUCCUAUACAUGGCACAAGUGGAAUUGUUCAGUGGAAUUGUUUUUAUCAUAUUGAUCUCAUCUAUUGCAAGGUUGAAGGACCUCAAUGUAUGUUUCUGUAUAUAAUGAAGAAAAA